AGGCAAAUCCAGCAGCGGCACCAGCUUAGGCAAAUCCGCCUACGUAAGCAAGCGUUUGGCCAAGAGUACCGGCAAGGCGGCGUGGAUCGCCGCCACCACUCUUCUAAUCAUCUCCGUCCCGCUCAUCAUUAUAAUGGACCGGGAGCAACAUCUCAACAAACUCGAUCUUCAGUAGGCCAGUCUCUUUGGCACUUCUCAACCUCCCUCUGUCGGCCCACCUCAAAAGUAAUCGAAUCUUUCACUGUUAGUUUUGGCCUUUUCGGAAUAGAGUGCAUUUUCAUUCCUGGAAGGGUUUUAAUGUCUAUGAAGUAUUUCUUAUUGAUCGAUCAUAAUGUUGAAAAUUGAUAUGCUUACAUUAUCGGCAAUUACUUGACUUUUCGCGUGUUGCUGCUUUGAGCGGUUCGUGCACCCUUCUUGUUUUCCUGACAUUUUAUAUUUCAGAUUCUAUUUCUUAAU